AUGUCGGACAGUGCCCAACCCUCAGAGAUCCAAAUCAAUGUCAAAGGUCCUAGCGAGCUCAAAUUGCAGAUUACCAUUAGCACAGAUAAAACCGUGUUGGAGCUAAAGCAAGCAAUUGCGGAGAAGUCAGAUGUCGAAGCGGACCGCCAGAGGUUGAUAUAUUCCGCGGGCUUACUAAACGAUACCCUUCAGGACGAGGAUGUUCUAUCGGUCUACAAGAUACAGUCUUCGCAUACGAUCCACAUGGUCAAAGGUGUCUCUCGCUCUGGUGCAUCAUCAACGCAGCAGGCAGCUUCCUCGCAGCCUUUACCUACUAUGCAAGCCGGACAAAACCCACACGACCCCUUGACCCAACUCAACAGCCACAUGGGAUACGGACUUAUGGCGGGAUUGAAUCCUUUCGCAGAUAUGGGUCUCAAUCCCAACGAUCCGAACAUGCUACAGAGCAUGAUGAGCUCUCCCCAGUUCUUUCAGCAGAUGUCGAGCGUCAUGUCCAACCCUGCUGUUCUCGACCAAAUAAUUGCUUCCAACCCUCAACUUGCUGCUAUGGCACCUCAAGUUCGUGAGGUAUUUCAGAGCGAGCGGUUUAGGGAAUUGAUGUCAAACCCUGAAAAUCUUCGCUCGAUGCUUCAGAUGGCCUCAGCUCUCCGCGAGACCGGCGGCGGCGGUGGAGGCGGUUUCCCUAACCCGUUUGGUGCUGCGCCUGGCGGUGGUUUCCCAGCUCCUGGAUUUCCAUCUACUGGAGUUACAAAUGCAUCUUCUACUCCACAGCCGCAACAAGCGGCACCAAAUGCUCCUUUUCCCGCGUUUUUCCCUCCAUUCGCCCCUACAUCACCUCCCGCAGCAGGCGCCGCCAACGCUGGCACGAACCCUGCAAACGGAGGUGCUGGUGCCCCGCCAUUGGGCAUGUUUGAUCCCGCAAUGAUGCAGCAGCUCUUCGCUGGAGGCGGCAUGGGUGGAGCUGGCGGUUUUGGUGGCGUCCCUCCUACCCCAAGUGACGCAAGGCCACCCGAAGAAAGGUUCCAAGUGCAAUUACAGCAACUACAGGACAUGGGUUUCACGAAUGCGUCCCAGAACAUACGAGCGCUGUUAGCGACAGGCGGCAACGUACACUCGGCAAUUGAAUAUAUCUUGGGCGGAGGAGGGCUCUAAUGAAGGUCAGUGUAGACUAUCGCAGCAUGAAUAUCUUGUAGGUGUAGUACAUCGUCCUGUAUCAUAUUUUCCUUCCCAGAGUUUUACGUACAGAUGCGAGUUGUCUCGAAGCUCAGGAGAUCCACCCAGACGAAUCAAACGUAGACUUUGGACAGACCAUCCAUAUGCACCGAUAACUCCUUAUGCUCUCUCUAGCAUGUCACCUACUAUUGCCAAUGCUGUUGCGUUCU